AUGAGUGGUGCAUACACAAUUUUAGGUAGAACUGUCCAACCACAUCAAUUGGCUCUUGGUACUUUGGGAGCUGUGUUGUUGUUGGUUGUUCCAAACCCAUUCAAGGGUAAGCCAGCAGCCAAGCCAUUGUUCACUGCCUCUUCGAAGGAGGAAGAAGAUUUCAUCAAGGCUUACUUGGACAAGCACAUUACCAAUGCCGAAAAGCACUAA